AUCUUAUAAUUAUUUAAACAAAAUAUAAUGUACAUGGUAUAUAGAAAACUAAUAUUUAAACAAUCAUACAUUCGUUUAAACAUUACAUGGCUUGAAACGCACAUUAAAUAUAAAAUAAUUUACUUUAAUUUGUCAAUACGAUUAAAUUUCGAUAUCCAGGUCGUAGACUACAUUUAAUAUAAACAGAAACAAACCUAUUGACUUUGAUAUUUAUCGAUCCAGUCUUCUUUCGCAUUCCGUCGAGUAAACGUCGAAGAUCUCUGUUUCCGAACAUAGGUACUUUGGAAGGUAAAAGACAACGACCCGAGUAUGAUAAAUUACUUCUUGAUCCAAUGUUAAAAUAUUCUGGUUUAUAUGGUGCCAGUGGUGGCAGAGGAGAUCUAGCAGCGUCGCUACAAGUAUGGGCUGGUGGUAGACCAUUAGCUUUACCUGUUCAUACGGCCUACAAACACUUCACAUCACGUUGGAACUGGAAUCAAUGGGUUACUUUACCCAUCUCUUUUUCUGAUUUACCGCGUGAUGCUUAUUUAUGUAUAAGUUUAUAUGAUUGUGCUGGACCUGGUAGACAAAUACCAGUUGGUGGUACAACAAUAUCUUUAUUUGGAAAACAUGGUGUAUUUCGUCAAGGAAUGCUUGAUCUCAGAGUAUGGCCUGGUGUAGAAGCUGAUGGAAAUAUUUCUACAAGUACUCCAGGAAAAGCCAGAGAUCAUGGAAAAGAACAAAUGCAGCGUCUUGCUAAACUUGCUAAGAAACAUAGGAAUGGUCAAAUGAACAAGAUCGAUUGGUUAGAUAGAUUAACAUUUAGAGAGAUAGAAUUAAUAAAUGAACGAGAAAAAAGAGCAUCUGAAUAUCUGUACUUAAUGGUAGAAUUUCCUGAAGUCAGAAUGGAUGGUAUACCGUAUUCUAUUGUGUAUUAUGAAAAAGAUGGUGAUGAAGUAGUUCAGCACAGAUCACAACCAGACGUUGUAACUCUUCCAGAUUAUGAAAUCUUACAAGAAAACCUUGUUGAAGCUAAACAUCAUAAACUAGCCCGUAGUUUACGUAGUGGUGGUAAUACAAGAGAAUUAAAACCAACAUCUAGUGUUCGAGAUGCAUUAAAUACUAUACUGGGCUAUCCACCAACAACAACAUUAUCUACAGAAGAACAGGACCUUAUUUGGAAGUAUAGAUUUUAUCUAUCAAAUCAAAAGAAAGCUUUGACGAAAUUUGUCAAGUGUGUUAAUUGGAAAGUAUCUGGAGAGGAACGUCAAGCAUUAGAAAUGUUAGCACUAUGGGCACCACCAGAUCCUGAGGAUGCUUUGGAAUUACUUGGACCAGCAUUCACCCAUCCAGCUGUAAGAAGAUAUGCCAUAAGUCGUCUAAGUCAAGCUCCCGACGACGAUUUAAUGUUGUAUCUCUUACAACUAGUACAAGCUUUGAAAUAUGAAGAUUUUGAAAGUAUUAAGUUCGCAUUUCAAACAUUAAUGAAUGAGAAAGAAAAUGAGAGAUUCGAAAAGGAUAUAAAAACCGGAGAUUCAACAUCAACUCCUAUUACGACUUCGAUUGAAUCAGAUGCUGGUUUAUCUACAACAAGUCGAGAUACUGUUAUGGACUUAACAUCUUUUUUAAUUACUCGUGCGUGUCAAAAUUCUACACUGGCUAAUUAUUUCUACUGGUAUCUAUCGAUUGAGUGCGAAGAUCAGAGUGAUCCAGUUAUAACAGCCAAGCAAGAUACUCGCGUGAGAGAGAUGUAUAUUGCAGUAAUGAAGAUGUUUUCCACUAUGUUAGCUCAUGGAAAUACCGUCUGGCAAAAGAGAAGAGCUUUCCUUUUACGACAAAAAAUGUUCAUUGAUCAAUUGGUAUCUCUUGUAAAAGCAGUAGCAAGAGAGAGUGGCAAUCGUAAGAAGAAGGCUGAUAGAUUACGGGCGUUAUUAGCCGAUCCGGAUCCUGCAUUUAAAAUCAAUUUUUCUAAUUUCGAGCAAAUACCUUUUCCCUUGGAUCCUGAAAUUUGUAUUAAAGGGAUUAUUCCUGAAAAGGCAAGUUUAUUUAAAUCUGCUCUUAUGCCAUCUAAACUUACGUUCUUAACAACCGAAAACACAGAGUACAUUGCCAUUUUUAAACAUGGUGACGAUUUAAGACAAGAUCAAUUGAUUCUACAGACAAUAGCCCUUAUGGAUAAAUUAUUAAGGAGAGAAAAUUUAGACUUAAAAUUAACACCAUAUAGAGUACUUGCUACAAGUACAAGACACGGAUUUUUGCAAUUUAUUGAAUCCACAACUGUGGCUGAAGUUCUUGCUAGCGAGGGUUCGAUUCUAAGUUUUUUUAGGAAACAUCAUCCUUCUGAUACAGGGCCUUAUGGUGUUGUGCCUGAAGUGAUGGAUACAUAUGUUCGAAGUUGUGCUGGUUAUUGCAUAAUUACAUAUGUAUUAGGAGUAGGCGAUCGACAUUUAGAUAACUUACUUUUAACAACAUCAGGCAAACUUUUCCACAUAGAUUUUGGCUACAUUUUGGGUAGAGAUCCAAAACCUUUACCACCACCAAUGAAGCUUAGCAAGGAAAUGGUUGAGGCCAUGGGUGGUGUAGGUUCUGAACACUAUCAUGAAUUCAGAAAACAAUGUUAUACAGCAUUUCUGCAUUUACGUAGACAUGCUAAUUUAAUAUUAAAUUUAUUUUCAUUAAUGGUUGAUGCUAGUGUACCAGAUAUAGCUUUAGAACCAGAUAAAGCAGUCAAAAAAGUCCAAGAUAAAUUACGGCUGGACUUAAGCGACGAAGAAGCUGUCCAUUAUGUUCAAAACCUCUUAGAUUUAUCUGUUACAGCUGUAAUGGCUGCAUUAGUGGAGCAAUUACAUAAAUUUGCUCAAUAUUGGCGGAAAUAAAAUAAAUAAUUUUUAAUACGA